AGUCACAUGAUCCCGCUCAACCCAUACACGGAAGUCAUGGGUUCUCCGAAGCAAGAUGACCAUCUCAGAAGCAUUUAAGCUGUCAAACAUGCGUCUUUCUCACCAAAACGCGUUUUUAACCGUGUGCUUGUUGUAUGUGUGUGCCGUCGCGUCAAGCAAAGGAGCUAACAUCACACUUUCAGUCUCGACGACGGCCAAGUCUCCCGUUUUCAAGCCGGCGGAGACGGGGGACUCUCGCGCUUCCCUCAUCAGCCUGCUAUCCGCCUUUCCGGACGACUUGGAAGUGAGCGACUACUGUAACGACCUGCUGCGCCUCUUUGGUCAACGUUAUGUUGCCUAUAUCAACUGCCUGGUUCCGUCUUCGCGGCCAGUUAAAGUGUGCCAGAACUGCUACGACGCUUACGGUAGCCUGGUGACAACUUACACGAAUAUCUCCUCUGAACAGUUAGGUCCUGCUAAUGAGAGCUGCAGGGACAGCCUUCUACGCAGUGAUCGUCUCAUGGUGGUUUAUCUGCUCUUCAACAACCUAAAGGACUUGUGGACCAAAGCAGGCUGUGACAACUGCAUCACCAAUGGAUUCCUGAGCCUCACUGAUGACACGCUGUACUUCAUGUCCACUCUGAACCAAACUCUUACCUGCUUUGAAAGAUACCAACAGGGCAAUCACACAGAGCUGUGUAAAAACUGUAAGAGCGCGUAUAAGGGUCUCAGUGAACUGUACAGUGGCAUGGAGAAGAAUCAGACAAUGUGUAUUGACAUUGAGGAUGGGAUGAACAUGACCCGCAGGCUUUGGAGUAAGAACUUCAAGUGUUCCUUCCCCCGGGAGGAGACGGUGCCUGUCAUUGCCGUGUCCAGCUUUAUGCUCUUUCUGCCCAUCAUCUUCUACUUGAGCAGCUUCCUUCACUCAGAACAAAAGAAACGCAAGCUCAUACACCCAAAGAGAGCAAAGUCAUACUCCUCCAGUCUGAUGAACAUUCAGGACAAGCAGAGCUGAUCGCGGACACUGUUGAGGAGUUAACAUUUUCUACAAUUUGGAGGUUUGCGAUAUCAGUGGCUCUUCCUCUUAGCAGACUGAGUUUACCUAUCAGUAUUCCUGAGAAACAAAUUCAUGUCAAACACACUGCAAUUUUCAAUGUAUAUAUUUAAUUUUGGUUUCGCCUCAUACCAUCACUUUGUCUUUCAUUAGACCUUUUAAUGCAGUUCUAACCAAGUAUUUGGCCAUUAAAUUAAGAUGUUUUCACGAUAACUGUGUCAGUGGACUAAUUUUAGUUAAUAUGGUUUAUGAUUUUGGGGAUGACAGAACGAACGCUUUUGGGAGGCAUUAAUCUUGUAUGUCAGAGGGGAAAAAUGAAAAUAAUGUAUCCUGGUGGGUCCACAGCACUAACUUCUGGAAAGCGGGAGAAAAUGAACACCAAUGCCAGGUUUCUUGUGUGUGUGCAUUGUCUAAUUCAAGUACGCACUAGUUGUUGAUCGAGAAAUGGGUUUUAUAUCAGUAAUGUUUGCCCAGAGGAGUGCCACAUACAAAAUCGAAAAGUACUCGAUGUCCAUUAGCAGUGACAUGUACUGUAUCUGCUGCAUGAAGAGGGUCCACAUCAUUGUUUAUUGAGACUGAAUCAUGCUCCUGUAGUCUUUUAUGGAUACAGCAAGCUUUUCUUUUGCUUUUAAUGUGCUUUUAUAAUCCGUUUCCUGUUUUUUUUCUGUUAUAUUUGCGAGUGCCGAGUUAAUGAAUGCACAUUUACGUAUUUAUUGGUUAAUUGAGCACGCUCAAACCACAUUAAUAUGUUGGCCAAAAGGCUAUUUUCCUGGUAGUGCCUAGAAAUAUGUUUAAAAAGUCACUGUAAAAAAGAAUAUAAUAUGAAUACAUCUUUACAAUGCUUUAUCAGAACAAGGUGCAAGGUUAUCAAAGCCGCUCGUCUUCUUCGGCGGCCCUUGUUUCAGUCUAUCGUGUGGGGGUGGGCUUUUCCUCCGUCAUUAGCAGCUAAUCUAACAGCAGGAUAAAGAUACUCGGCCCAAUAAUCUCAGUAGCCACACACACACACACCUGUUAAAAGUCCUUCUUGGCUUCUUGGUCUUAUGGAGCGCAGCCACCGGGGCCCAUCAGCUCGCCACUAAGAGCAUUAGCCACACGCCGAGUCAUAUGAGCCCUUUCACGGCCAGUGUGCAGCGUGAUAACAUGGUGCGCCGGGGACCCUGGGUCAACAGUGUCGGGUUAGGAUUCACACUUAACAGUUUCAUUCUUGAGGCCGAAACUCAAUCCAGUACAAGGGCUGUGACAUGAAACUGAGACUCUAGUAUACAGUAUGUUAUGAAUACUGUGAGAGAAUUUAAAUGGUUCAAAAUCUGUUGAUGAAUAACAAAAAGACAGUUACCAGGUAAUUCAAAGAAUAAUCAUGUUUACUGUAAACCAUGGAUAAAAAUUGAGGUAUGUUUCUCAAAGGUGCAUAAAUUAAUCCUUCAAAAUAUAUUCUAAUGGACAAAAAUACCAGGUCAGUGCUGUGAUAAGAUUUCAAUAAAAUGAACUCUUUCAAAGCCAGAGACGAUGAUAGAUUACAUAAUAUUGACAUAUUGUCGAGCCAGUUCGCUCACACACACACAGUGAUAAUAUUUAUCGUUUCCUUCUUAAUUUCAAUGGUAAGCAUCACCUCUUCUUUUUUUUUUUCACCAAAUGCACUAACAUUAUAGGGACCCAUGUUGGAUUUCUCUCAUAAGAAAAUCGGCUGUGCGUCAAAUAAUGAUGUUGCGACGCCGUCAUAAAUCGCCAUACUGUAUUUCGGGCAUGGUGUCAUACGUCGGAUGUCGUAAGAAUCGUAUUUCGAUGCGAUCGCAUGUCGAGGUACCGCUGUAUAUGGAGAAAGAGUUUUCAUAUAAAAGCUAAAUUCAGAUUUGUAUUAAGCACCCCAAAAUUGUGCAAGAAAAAGUUUGCAUCAUUGCAAAAAAUUUUUGGUUGACCAGUGUUAUUUGUAAAAAGAUUAAAAUAUAUACGACACAUAAAUUAACAGAAAAACUCAAUUUUCAAUCCAAAUGCAUACAGU